AAAUUUAAAGAAUUUAUUAUAGCUAAAAUAAAAAUUUAUUUUAUUUUCCUGGGUUCUCUUUUUUCUUCAUUGCUCUUUCUCUCUAUUUUGCUGCUUCCCUUUGUUCUUUUUUGUGUCUUUCUCUCUAGAAUCUCAAGAGAAGUGACAUGGCCUCAUUUGAACCAAAACAAAAACUAUAUUGACUCUUCCAUUCCAGCAAGUGGAGCUGAAGGAGUGUGCGGAGGACUUUUGAAGGGGAAAAUGGCUGGGGUUGCAAGUGAGGAGUCCGGGGUGGGAUGGUCCGUGGAGGGGAUUUCAAGUGGGCAGCGUUGCCAAUUAGGGGAAGCGUUGGCAGAAUGGAGGUCUUCUGAGCAGGUGGAAAAUGGAACAUCUUCAACCUCACCCCCUUAUUGGGACUCUGGGGACGAUGAUGAUGAUGGGCCGAAACCUUCUGAAUUAUAUGGGAAAUAUACAUGGAAGAUAAAGAAAUUUUCACAGAUUAACAAAAGAGAACUUCGCAGUAAUGCAUUUGAAGUUGGUGGCUACAAGUGGUACAUUUUAACUUAUCCACAAGGUUGUGAUGUUUGCAAUCAUCUCUCACUGUUUCUAUGUGUUGCUAAUCACGACAAACUUCUUCCAGGUUGGAGUCAUUUUGCACACUUUACGAUAGCUGUUGUGAAUAAAGAUCCAAAGAAAUCAAAAUAUUCAGAUACUUUACAUCGAUUCUGGAAGAAAGAGCAUGACUGGGGAUGGAAAAAGUUUAUGGAGCUCUCAAAAGUUUAUGAUGGGUUUAUAGAGUCUGACACGCUAAUAAUAAAAGCUCAAGUUCAAGUCAUCAGGGAGAAAGCAGACCAGCCUUUUCGUUGCCUUGAUUGUCAGUAUAGGAGAGAACUUGUUAGAGUCUAUUUGACAAAUGUAGAGCAAAUUUGUCGCCGUUUUUCGGAUGAGAGACGAAACAAGCUAGGGAAGUUGAUAGAGGACAAAGCUAUGUGGUCGAGCUUCCGUGCUUUCUGGUUGGGGAUUGACCAAAAUGCCAGGCGCCGAAUGUCCAGGGAGAAAACAGAUGUGAUUUUGAAAGUAGUUGUGAAGCACUCUUUUAUAGAGAAGGAGGUGACAUCUACUUUGGUAAUGGAUUCACUUUAUAGUGGGUUGAAGGCUAUAGAAGGCCAGAGUAAGGGCAAGAAAGCGAAUUCAAAAUUAUUGGAUGCUGAAGAAAUGCCAGCUCCAAUUGUUCGCGUGGAAAAAGAUAUGUUUGUGUUAGUGGAUGAUGUGCUACUACUUCUAGAAAGGGCUGCUUUGGAACCAUUACCUCCUAAAGAUGAGAAAGGUCCUCAGAACCGAACAAAGGAUGGGAAUUCUGGAGAAGAUUUCAACAAGGAUUCAAUUGAGCGUGAUGAAAGGCGUCUUACAGAAUUGGGUCGCAGGACAGUGGAAAUGUUUGUUCUCGCUCAUAUUUUCAGCAACAAAAUAGAAGUUGCCUACCAGGAAGCUGUUGCUUUGAAGAGGCAAGAAGAACUCAUCCGUGAAGAAGCUGCAUGCUUGGCUGAAAGUGAGCAGAAGACUAAACGAGGAGCAUCUGAAAAAGAGAAAAAAUCAAAGAAAAAACAUGUAUAAUUCCUUUGUUUUUUUUUUUUUCUUGGCAUGGUAGAAUCUUAGCUUUUCAAAUUGUAAACUUUAUUUAAUCAAAUCAGAUUGGGUCAAAAUUAAGCUUGAAUGUAAACUUUAUAAUAGUCAUUACAAAUAAAACAUGCAAACUCUUUUUAGAUGUUUAUAAUACAAUGAUUUUUCAAACCUUCUAAAUAAGCAAAAAAUUACAGAUAAAACAUUUAUAUAUAUGUAUAUAUUCAAGGCUAUCACCUCGUCUCCAUGAUGUUGAAGCCUUAAAGAGAAGGCAAGAUAAGCAUGAAAUGGAGGAACUGAGCAAGGAAAGAGGCGGACGCAAGCAUUAGCUCAGCAGCAAGGCAGAUUUAAGAGAUAAAACAAGAUAUAUGAAAGAAGUAAGGACUAUGAAUGCCAAGGCAGAAGGAGAGGUAAAGGUCAAAGAUUGAUGGUGAGAAUAUGGACUAAGAUCUGAGGCUUGGGGGAGACGAUGGAUAAAGCGAAUGAAAUCAAGAUGAGGAAAAUGAAAAAUGGG